AUGGGAAGUUCAGGAAACGAAGAACAAAACGAUGAAGCAACCACGAAAACAGAAGACAGUAAAAUAGGCUACGAAUUGCCAGAUUUCGUGGGUAACGCAGACCAGAAGAGAAGCUAUGUAUUACAACUGCUAGCCAACUGCGGUUCGCAGAACCAAUUGUACAAGGUUAACGAAAAAGAAAUAAAAGAUAACUUAAAAAAUUGUACCUAUACAUGUCUGGGAUUAGGAACCCCACCAAACAAUAAAGUGGUACGAAUACCAGAAGGCUUCCUUUGCGACGUCCAGAGCAUG